UACAUCUUUGGAUAAAAAAGAAAAUUUAUUUAGAGUAGAUCCGCAGUCGGAAGUUCUGCAGAAACGCUGUGGACCAACACAUGACUGAAAUUGGAAAAUAAAACACCAAAACGAUGGCACCUAAAAGAAAACAACAAGACCAGAACCACUCUGUGAAGAAAAAGAAACAAAAAAUCAGAGAGGAUAUUGUCCUAAAACCGACAAUAUCAUCGGAAGAUAUUCCCAAAACACAGACUAAAUGGACUAACAAGGAAAGAGUACUAGUUUUUUCAUCUCGAGGAAUAUCAUACAGGGGUCGCCAUUUAAUGAAUGACAUGAGGACCUUGAUGCCUCAUGCAAAAUCAGAAUCUAAAAUGGAUAAAAAAGAUCAACUUUUUGUCAUCAAUGAGAUGUGUGAGAUGAGAAAUUGUUCAAAAUGUAUUUACCUGGAAGCAAAGAAGAAGCAGGAUCUUUACAUGUGGUUAUCAAAUGUACCACGAGGCCCCUCUGCCAAAUUUCUUGUAGAAAACUUACACACAAUGUCAGAGUUGAAGAUGACAGGCAAUUGUCUGAAGGGGUCACGACCUUUGCUCUCAUUUGAUCAAGAGUUUGACAAAGAAGCACACUGGAGUCUCAUUAAAGAACUAUUAAUACAGACAUUUAGUACCCCAAACCAUCAUCCCAAGAGUCAGCCAUUCUUUGAUCAUGUAUACACAUUCUCCAUCGCAGACAACCGGAUUUGGUUCAGGAAUUACCAGAUACUUGAGGAGGAUGGUUCUUUGGCAGAAAUCGGACCCCGGUUUGUUUUGAAUCCUAUCAGAAUAUUUGAGGGAAGUUUUGGAGGGCCAACACUCUUCCAGAAUCCUCACUAUGUAUCUCCUAAUGAUCUGAGGCAUCUGAUGAGGAAGAGAGGAGCCCAAAAAUAUAUGUCCAGGAUUCAGGCCAAGAAAUCGCUGGAGAUGAGACGCGGUCAGCCGUCUUACGAAACAGACCCAACAGACGAUGUGUUUGUCACGAUACGACCCGAGGACGCUGAGGAAGAUUCUUGAUAAAUAAAUUAGAAACUUUC